UGUAAGGGAAUAGCCUGAGGUCAGACAGUAUCGCGAGGGAGAGAGCUGUGUACUGUAGUGUUACAGAAGGUGUGUGUGUGUGUGUGUGUGUGUGAGAGAGAGAGAGAGAGAGUUUUUAUUACUGUUAACAAUAAUUAAAGAUGGUGGAGACGAUGCUGAGCGACUCGCAUUUCCAGAGUCAGUUAGCGUCCAUUAUGGAAAUGCUGGCGAAAUCAGCCGUGCUGGAAAUCGGCAAACUGGUAGAGGAGAGUCAUGCGGUGUUCCGGAGAGAGAUCUCCCGCAGGAUCUCCGAAAACCAGGCGCUGAAGAAGAAGUGCGAUGUGUUGGAGAGCGAGCUGAAGGCGAACAGGAGGAGCGCGCGGGAGAGGGAGCACGAGACGGAGCACGAGAGGGAGCAGGAGCACGCUGGCCCACAGAGAGAAGCUGGACAUCGUCCCACCAUCGACGGCGUGUUUGGAAAGGAAUGGUGCAUGGAGCUGUGGAGAGACAAGGAGUCCAGUGCGGUACAGAAGCAUCAGGAUCAUGCAGACCCAUGUGUAAUAGAGGCUGUUGAUUUGAUGGAAGAUGAUGGACCUGACACAAUCAUUAUCAAAGACGAGACGUUUGAUGACGGUCCGGGCAAAAGCAAGCCACAAGUGAACUCGAGCAGUGGGAAAGAUGCAGACCCUGCAUUCUCGGGAUCGGAACUGGACGGGGCUCAGACGAAUGAGGAGUUUGAACCGUAUGCCGCAGCGCUCGACAACACACAACCAAGACGUGCAGCCGAGCAGGCAUUUGACAUGAGAGUGGACCUGAGACCGCCUGCUCUUGGGGACGCCGCCACGUCAUCCAACGUGAACUCAGAGGAGUUCGGUGGAUUCUUUCCUGCUAACGUUCACAUGAACGCUCAGAAAAACUUCCCAUCCGCUUCAGAGCAGAAGAAGUUUGAAUGUGUGUUUUGCGGGAAGAACUUUAACUACUUAAGCUACUUAAAAGUGCACUUACGGACACACUCAGGCGAGAAACCCUUCAUCUGUACGGUCUGCGGAAAGCGCUUUGCUCAGAAGACGUACCUCAAAAUCCACCUGCGUACUCACUCUGGAGAGAGACCCUACACGUGCCCGGAAUGCGCCAAGAGCUUUUCGCAGAAGAGUUCACUAAACAUCCACCUGCGCAGCCACACCGGAGAGAAACCGUACAGCUGCGUGGACUGCGGAAAACGCUACGCUUACAAACACGGCUUCAACAUCCACCAGUGCAACAGCUAAACCAGGAGCUCUAUAGCUAGGUUAUUCUGAACAUUCGACACACACACUGUGCGCUAUGUGCGGAUUAGCACACGACCCUCAGCUACCAGUUUAGUUAAGCUGAUGUGUAGUUAACGAGUGCUUUAAUUUAAUGGCACCCCCUUUACCUAGUCCUUCAUUAGAAACCAGGUGUUAUUUGUAUCGUGUACGUCCUUAGCACAGUAUUAUCACUGAUAUAGUGAUAUAGUGGUACCAGUAAAAGUGUAUUCGUUACAGCAGUGUUGUUGGUCCGCAAAAAUGGCUGAUGGGAAUAGACAUCUCUUUCUUUAUCGAAUUUCUUUAUAAAUAUUGUAAACUUUUUUUGUUCCAUUUACCUAUAGCUCAUAAGUUUAUGAGCGAUAAAACGUGUAGUGUUAGGAGACUUAUGUAAGGAGUCUCCAGUGUCAGAGCUUUAUACUAGUCAAAAAUAUCUUGAAGGAGUUCUUUCUUUGUAGUUUCUUAAUAAUUUUUUUUAUUUUUUAUUUUAAAAGAGUAAAAAAGAGAGGCUGGUGGAUGGGUGACUGCUUGUAGCUGCUGUAACUAACAAUACUGCAAUACUACUACAGUAUAUAAUACUAAUAAUAAUUGGUACACAGGAUUAAGUGUUCCAGAGUGUUAAACUCGAAUGAUAUACACUACGGUUCAAAAGUUUGGGGUCACUUGUAAAUUUCUUUGUUUUUGUUUAGUGAUUUAUUUUCUACAUUCUACAAC